AUGGGUAAAUCUAGGGUAAGGAUAUUGAGUCCUCCCAGAACAGUUCAGCUGGUCAAAUGGAAAGUAAAAAAGACCAGUCGGGGCCGGAAAGGCAAAUGGUGUCCGGUGAAACGACACCAGCCAAGUCAAUCCGCACAGUCAUCUCCAACAAAGUCUCCCACAAAACAAAGCUCCAGUACGACGCUCCCUCAGUACACACCUGACUUCACUUUCCAUAAUGCAGACUGGAGUGAUCAUGGCCCUAUUGGUUCGCUUAACGUGUUGUUAGCGAAAAAAAAGACCAAGAGCCCAAACGAUUAUCUCCGGGAAUGGAUGGCUCGGAAGGACGAUUACCUUCUGAGAGGGAUGUCCACUCCCCAUCGACAGGAAUGUGGUUUCCUAUGUCGGAAAUAUCGAGAAGCAGUGAAGGGAGUGUCCGAAAGCAUGACGGCAUUUGAGAAGCUGAAUGAAACCGCAGAUUCUGCCAUGGUCGAAGCUUGGGUGGAACAAGAUCGAGAAGCACAAUUGCAUCGAAGCACAGAUCCAUCGGCAAUGGACAUAUUCGACGUCCAGCUGCAAAAGGCACCGACCAGGAAACAGCAAGAGUUGGCUUUACUGUCUUCUCGGACCGGUAACGGAGGAGGGCACGCAAAACGCGGUGCUGCUACGUGGAUCGCAUCCGGUAUCACUAUAGAAGAGCUGCAAAUAUCUCUCUUGAUCGACAUCCGGAGGUUGGGAAAACACUCCACCGAAACGCAGCGCCUGGAGAUAGUGAGACGUCGUACAAAGCUGCAAAGUAGGAUAGAUGAAUUUACAACCACGGCAGUCAAUCAUUUCGGAGAAGACUUUGAUCUGGAUGACGAUAUCAGAGAUCUCGAGGUUGAAUUUAUAGAUGACUCAGAGGGCGAAGGAGACGUGUUUACCGAGAGUGACCAUGAUUCCGACCAUGUCCCUCAAUGCAAUUUCUUCCGUCCCGAGAAGGUGGUUAUACCUCUCCCAUCGAAUAUUGGCAUCAAAAGGUGUACUGUGCUGGGUGUCAUCCACCUUGUGGGUCAGGAAGUUGCACUUCGGGAAGGGCAGGCCAAUGACACCCUGCAAGCAAUCCGAGUUCUGCUAGCUGAUAAGGCUGUGCUCUUCCGCACCACAGUUCGUCUGGCCAAAUCCCAGGCAAAGUCAACCAGGGCGUGGACUCAGGUACAUUCGGUGGAAAGGGUCAUCAGACAGCAAACGAUGAUUUAUUCGAAAUGCCGGGCGCAACUCGGCAAUCUACAAGCUCACAACCUCUUGGAGAAAUAUCUCCGGAUGGAGAGAAGUCAUCUCAAAGCUACUGCCGCUGUAGCCGAUCCCAAUGCUCGGGGACAAAGAAACUCCACGCUUCCGUGGUUCUGGUCUCUUGAUGUUCAGGGAGAUUCUGUCAGCAGCGAUUGGAUGAAUGAAUUUUACAGGGUUCAUUGGCUUCGCACGAAAGCAUUGCGUGAUCGGUGGUCGGAAGAACUGCUACUGGUUGGCCAUGAAAUGGGUUGGACUGUGCAGUUCUUCCUGCACAAGGCACGCUCAUGGUUAUCACGCAUCACCCACAACGGCGAUCCACUCCCAGAAGGGCACAAAUGUUAUGCAAUUCGGCAGGCCCACAUGUACCACGACUUGGCCGAACAUGCACGUGCAAGUUUUCUAAAGGCAAAUCCAAAGUUCACGAUAAAUGCUUGA